GAGCGCUGGAGGCGAGCGGCGGGGGCGGCCCCGCUCCGCGGACAGGCGGGAGGCUGCAGCGGGAGCUCAGCUGAGUUCUCUGGCAGCACCUCCCCACCCCGCGGCCAGGCUGUAGCCGAAAGCACCGCCCGGGACCAUGGGGAGCAGCAAGAGCAAGCCCAAAGACCCCAGCCAGCGGCGGCGCAGCCUGGAGCCCACGGAGAACACCCACCAUGGGGGCUUCCCAGCCUCGCAGACACCCAGCAAGGCGGCUGCCCCCGAUGCCCACCGCACCCCCAGCAGAUCCUUUGGCACCAUGGCUGCUGAGUCCAAGCUCUUUGGGGGCUUCAACACCUCUGACACCGUCACCUCGCCGCAGCGCGCCGGGGCGCUGGCUGGGGGAGUCACCACCUUCGUAGCCCUCUACGACUACGAGUCCCGCACGGAAACCGACCUGUCCUUCAAGAAAGGAGAGCGCCUGCAAAUUGUCAACAACACGGAAGGUGACUGGUGGCUGGCUCAUUCCCUCACUACAGGACAGACGGGCUACAUCCCCAGUAACUAUGUCGCGCCCUCAGACUCCAUCCAGGCUGAAGAGUGGUAUUUUGGGAAGAUCACUCGCCGCGAGUCCGAGCGGCUGCUGCUCAACCCCGAAAACCCCCGAGGGACCUUCCUGGUCCGGGAGAGCGAGACCACGAAAGGUGCCUACUGCCUCUCUGUGUCUGACUUUGACAACGCCAAGGGGCUCAACGUGAAGCACUACAAGAUCCGCAAGCUGGACAGCGGCGGCUUCUACAUCACCUCCCGCACCCAGUUCAACAGCCUGCAGCAGCUGGUGGCCUACUACUCCAAACAUGCUGAUGGCCUGUGCCACCGUCUCACCAACAUCUGCCCCACGUCCAAGCCCCAGACCCAAGGCCUUGCCAAGGAUGCCUGGGAAAUCCCCCGGGAGUCGCUGCGGCUGGAGGUCAAGCUGGGACAGGGCUGCUUCGGAGAGGUGUGGAUGGGGACCUGGAAUGGCACCACCCGGGUGGCCAUCAAGACCCUGAAGCCUGGCACCAUGUCCCCAGAGGCCUUCCUGCAGGAGGCCCAGGUGAUGAAGAAGCUGCGACACGAGAAGCUGGUUCAGCUCUACGCUGUGGUGUCAGAGGAGCCCAUUUACAUUGUCACGGAGUACAUGAGCAAGGGGAGCCUCCUGGAUUUCCUGAAGGGUGAGAUGGGCAAGUACCUGCGGCUGCCUCAGCUUGUGGAUAUGGCUGCUCAGAUUGCAUCGGGCAUGGCCUACGUGGAGAGGAUGAACUACGUGCACCGGGACCUCCGGGCAGCCAACAUCCUGGUGGGGGAGAACCUGGUGUGCAAAGUGGCUGAUUUUGGCCUGGCACGACUCAUCGAGGACAACGAGUACACGGCUCGGCAAGGUGCAAAGUUCCCCAUCAAGUGGACGGCCCCCGAGGCAGCUCUGUAUGGCAGGUUUACCAUCAAGUCUGACGUCUGGUCCUUCGGCAUCCUCCUGACCGAGCUGACCACCAAGGGCAGAGUGCCAUACCCAGGCAUGGUGAACAGGGAGGUGCUGGACCAGGUGGAGCGGGGGUACCGCAUGCCCUGCCCGCCCGAGUGCCCCGAGUCCCUGCACGACCUCAUGUGCCAGUGCUGGCGGAAGGACCCGGAGGAGAGACCGACCUUCGAGUACCUGCAGGCUUUCCUGGAGGACUACUUCACCUCGACAGAGCCCCAGUACCAGCCUGGAGAGAACCUAUAGACAUGGGGCUCCUCCUGGCACCAGGGACGCUGCUGUCCCCAGCGCGGGGCGCCGAGGGUUGGCCUCCCCAGCGAGGGGCUGUGUUUGUGGAGCAGCCCUGAGCAGGACAGGGCACUGUGUGCAGAUGCAGCCAGGGGAGCCCCUGGGUUCCCCCAUCGCUCAUUAAGACUUGUGGCCCGUGUUUAACAAGGCGGCGCUGUUCUGCUGGCGAGAGGAGCCUGUGGGCACCAACACAGCCAGCUCAGGAGGGCAAGCAGAGCAUCUCCUGCCAAGAGACUUGGGUUUUGGGAGACUUUCCCCCCUCACAGCUCUGGGGUCAGCCAGGAGGAUUUGAGGGACAGCAUCACCCCACCUCAGACACACGGUCCCAGUCUCCUGCAACCCCUUUCUAAAUCAGCACAAAUUUCCCUGCCCCUUCACCUUCCCCACCAUCUCCCUCUUGGCUCCAGCUCUCCCAAGGGUGCUGGCAGAGAUGUUUUACCACAGGGAUGUCACAAUUCCAGGCUGGUUUGAAUGGGGUGAUGUGCCAGAGUGGUGGCAACAUGGGAUGACAGCAGAACUCUGGUGGUCCCUCUGGCCUCACCAUGACCUUAAGGGCUGGUGGGUUCUGGAACUCUGAAAUGUGACAGCUCCAGGCUCUGGUGACCAACACUAGCCCAUUGGAGCACCCAAGCACACGAUCAAAUCUUCCAGCUAUGUCUGUUCCCCCAAGGGACACAUCUUGGGGAGCAGGACUGGGGAUACCAGCAGAGCCCUCACCCUGCUGUGCUUUACCCCUCCACAUGCUCCAGGUCUUCCAGCCAGACCCUUGGGAAGUACCCCCCAGCCACCCUCCCCAGCUCUGCCACCAGCUUUCCCACCAGCAGAGUCCCCUGGGCUGGCCCUGCCACCAAAUCCAGUGCCACUGCGGUGCUUGGGUGCAUGGCCCAUGGAGUGUUCUGGGUGUGGGAAUGUUUUGGAGGAAGUACUCGACUUUCACAGAUGGUUUUGUCCACCUGGUGUGUUUUUAGCUGCCUUCCCUCUACCCACUGUGUCUCAGCUUCCAGGCAGCAGUCCCCAUGCAGCAUCCCCAGCCACAUCCCCCCUCUGGAAGUGCUGUGCCACAUUUGCAUCCUCAUGUCCCCUCUGCUCGCUCCCAGAGGCCUCAGCCAUGUCUCAGCUUUGUCCCACACCCACCCUGUGGGGCUGAUCCCUGGUGUAGGCAGGCAAGGCUCAUCCCCUGCCCUCUCCCACCCAGCACCUGCUUGUACAUAACCCUUGAGUGGUCCCUGCACCGCCCCAGACCUUGGCUUCAUUGCAUGUGUCAGUUUUCCCUGUCCUGUGGCUGUACCCUGCUGGAAAGCCUUCACCAUGGUGGUUCACAAAGCUUCACUCCUUCACCUCCUGGGUCCCAGAGACCCUUGCUCAGAGAGACCUGGGCGUCUUCAGAUGCUCCCCAAAGGGUUUUGGGCGCUUGGGGGAUGCUGUGGGGCAGGGAUGCUGGAGGAAAGGACCUGGAGAGGGGAGCCAGUGGCUGUGUCCUCCUCUGAGCCCUCAGGCUUUCUGUGCCUCCCCAUCACCUUUGGGAUGGUGUUUGCCUCUGGCACAGCCUCCUGGCAGGCAGCAGACCCAACCCACCCCUCACCAGCCCCUGCCAUGGCGCCAAUGUCCUACAAAAGCUGGGUGGGAGCCAAGCAUGGGCAGGAGGUGGCCAAAACCCCUCCCCAGGUCUCCACCAAAGCAGGACCCGGGCGAGCCACUGCCUCUCACUCACUCACUCACUCCCACAGUGCCCUGGUGUGGUUUGACCCAGCCACUUAUUUAUGAACCAAGUACAUGGUUGGUUGUUUGGUGGCUCCGUUUUUAAUAGUAAAGCUUUUAAAGUCAGUUUGAACAGACUCUUCAGCAGUAUGGAGAGGACAUGCUAGCUUGAAGGGCAGCAGCUGGAUAAUGAAUUUUUUUAAAAUGAUUUUGGGAGUUGGAGCCUUUUCUCCCCCCUUCCUUUCCUAGCAGGUUUGCUGUUUUGGCAUUUCUGCAUUUGGGCAGGGACUCCCCAAACCUCAGUGUUUUGGGUCUUCCCAUGUUUGCAGCCUUUUGGGAUGGGCAGCUGCCACAGAUCCCUGUCCCGUGGUGGCUGUUCCAAGGGGUGGCUUGUGCCAUAGCUCUGCCUGAAUUACACAAAUCCCUAUCCCUGGGAGAAACCUUUUACAGCUGUAACAUGUGGAAGGCAGAUUUGGUCUGGAAGCUGGGAAGAGAGAAGGCAAGCACAUAUUCUGUGGUCUGGCCUUUGGUUGUGUGGCACGUGCAGGGCCCUGGGUGCAGCAGGACAGGAAGGCCAGUGCAGCCUCUGGCUCUUCCCAGAGGGCAGCAGGUGCCCAGGAUGGCUGAAUUCCCUCAGGCUUUCAGCAAGAUCUGGUGAAGGAGAUGUGCUGGGGACACUUCAGGGCAGUAAGGCAAUCCCAGAGAAGCCCUCCUCCACGGGGCUGUGUGUCCACAUGUCCGUGUGUCCAUCCGUGUUCCUGUGCAGUGCUUGUGGUGGGACCAGGUGUCACCAGACUCGCCACCACAGCCAGCAUGACCUGGGAAUGCAGAGCUUCCCCUCCAUCAUUCUGUCUGCCAAGUUACUUUUUAAGCCAAUAAACUCCAGAGGGGAGCCUCCCCCUAAGGAUGCUCUUUGGCUUCCUGGGGUCCAUAAAACCCUACAAGUCAUUCUCCUCUGCUGUUACCAUUUUUUACACAGUCUUUUGUAAGAUCUCCAACUGACUAUGCAGAGAAUGUGUGGAUCUGUGUCUCUCUCCCCAGCUCCCCUCACUUCCUCACUUGCCUUUUUUGGUGUCUCAGUAAAAUAUUUAGCUUUUUUUUUUUUUUUUUUGGAUAAUAAUACAACUUUGGAAAAAAAAAACCUGAAAAGGUCCAGCUUUUUGGGUGGUGGGGGGGUGGAGAUGCUUUGAAAUUCUAACGUUGAUGUAAAUACUUUGCUAUUUGAUAAUUAAAUACA